GUUGGGCGGGCGCCGCGGUACCGGAGAUAUUUGCAUAAAAGGUUUGGUUGAGCACCGGAAGCUUGGUUUUCUGUAAGAGCUGUUACUGUAGUGAAGAAGGUAGAACAGCGCGCCCGUGAGACCGCAUUCUGCACUGACAGCGGAAAGAUGCCGUGAUGUCUCUUAUUCCUCUGAAAAGAAGAAAGAAGGGUGGCCCUAUAACCGGGAGUCUAACUCCUCCUGUGACUUUGUUCCCAGAAGUCUGUGUUUUCCUGGUGGAGCGCAGGAUGGGAGCUGCAAGGAGAAACUUCCUCACUGUACUGGCCCAGGGGAAGGGGUUCUGUGUAACAUCAGAGUAUAGUGAUGCAGUCACACAUAUCGUCUCAGAGCAGAACACUUGUUCUGAGGUGCUGGCUUGGAUUGAGAAACAAACUGGCCGUUCAGUGCACUAUGAGAAAGCAGAGGGGACUCCUCAUCUUCUAGAUGUCACCUGGUUCACAGAGAGCAUGAGCGCAGGAAAACCUGUGGAGGUGGAGCCCAGACACUGUUUAGAGGGCAGAAUCUCGACAGACAUCACACAUGAACCCCAGGAUUUCCUUUCAGGUCGGAGUAUAAUGUUGGAUCAGACUGAAGAGUGUUCACCUGUCUCAGGGAAAGUUUCCCAUAACCUCUCAUAUGCCUGCAAACGUCGGACUCCAUUGCAUCACCAUAACCAGGAGAUUACGGAUUCAUUGGAGGUCCUUGCACGGGGAGCAUCUUACCAGGGAUCAGAGGUUCGUAGCCUGGGCUACAUUAGAGCAGCCUCUGUACUUAAAUCUCUGACCUUCAAAAUUCAGUCAGUGGAAGAAACCAAGGACCUACCAUGGUGUGGUGGUCACUGUAGGACAAUCAUGCAGGAGAUCCUGGAAGAUGGAGUGUGUAGAGAGGUGGAAACAAUGAAGAACAGUGAGCAAUACAAGACCAUGGAGUUGCUCACAAGUAUUUUUGGAGUAGGAAUACGCACAGCAGAGCGAUGGUACAAAGAGGGCGUGCGGAGUCUCGAAGACCUGCAAAGCGCUGAUAGGAAUCUGACCGUGGAGCAGAGAAUAGGUUUGCAGCAUUACACAGAUCUGCAGACGCCUGUUACAUGGGAGGAGGCAGAAUGUGCAGAGCGUCUGGUGACAGAUGUUUUUUAUAGGUUCAACCCUGAUGUCCAAGUGACCAUGACAGGCGGAUUUCGUAGGGGGAAACAGCACGGACAUGAUGUGGACUUUCUCAUCACACACCCUGAUGAAAGAGUACUGAGUGGGUUGUUGAAGACCACUGUAUCUUAUCUGAACAGCAAGAAUUUCCUAUUGUAUCACCAAAUGAAGAAGCGGUCACUGAACUCACACACCUUGUCUAGUACAAUGGAUGGCCAUGAAACCUGUUAUGCCAUAUUUGCUCUUCCAGUUGGUUUUGCCAAGGAAGAUCUUGAGGAUAUUACCUAUAAGGGAACUGAAAAAGAUCUGGUAAAUACGCAAACUGACCAAGUCCCAAAAAGAUGGAGAGCCGUCCGUGUGGAUUUAGUGAUUACUCCAUACGUUGAGUAUCCAUAUGCCCUUUUAGGAUGGACAGGGUCAAAGCACUUUGAGAGAGAACUGAGAAGAUAUGCUUAUCACGAGAAAAAAAUGUCUUUAAACAGCCAUGGUCUUUAUGAUCAGAAGAGAUGCUCCCUACCUGCAACAUCUGAAGAAGAUAUAUUUGCCCAUUUAGGACUACAGUACUUGCCCCCCUCUGAAAGAAAUGCCUGAAUAUGGAGCAUAAUCUACAAAGCAACUACACUAGAUCACAUUUCUAUAUUUAGUUAUACUUCUGUGACAAAGGUGUCUUUGACAAAAAUAGCCAUCAACUGAA